AGGCUUUCGAGAGUUGAAUCGAUUCAUUUUGUAGCUGAAAAGUCCAAAAUGGCGAUGGACGGUGGCAUGUCCACGUCUCCAUCAGGACUAUCGUAUCACAAUGUUGGGGACUUUUACCCCAGAAAAUUCGGUUCCAAGCCGGACGUGGUGCCGACCGGGGUGACCGAGAGGAAAGUUGGCCCACUUGAUAAACCUGACAUGGUGGCGGUGGACGUUGUCAACAUCAACGAUUCAGAUAUCCCAAUCCACAGAAAAAAGCAAGAAACUGACGCAUAUGUGCUGGGCACUAUACACCCAUUCCGGAAGACAGACAGAUCCUUCUUCGGGAAACUCUCUCAAGAAUUCCGCUUGGUGACUUCAGACAGACGGUCAUGGAGAAUCCUGGUGUUCGGCAUACUGAAUGUUCUUUGUACUGGCUGCCUUCUGAUGUGGUGCAGCUCCACCAACAGUAUGGCCUUAACCGCAUACACGUACCUCACCAUCUUCGAUCUCUUCAGUCUGAUCACCUGUCUGCUGAGCUCUUGGGUGGCAAUGAAGAAGCCUAGUCAGCUCUUCUCUUUUGGGUUUGAGCGGCUGGAGGUCCUGGCUGUGUUUUCCUCCACGGUGCUGGUGCAGCUCGGAGCUCUGUUCAUCCUGAAGGAGAGUGUGGAGAGAUUCGUGGAGCAGCCGGAGGUGCACACGGGUCGUCUGUUGGUGGGGACCUUUGUAGCUCUGUUCUUCAACCUGUUAACUCUGCUCUCUGUGAAGAACAAGCCCUUUGUCUAUGUCUCAGAAGCUGCCAGCACCAGUUGGCUCCAGGAGCAUGUCGCAGACCUGAGUCGAAGCCUGUGUGGGAUCAUCCCUGGCCUCAGCAGUGUCCUUCUGCCUCGUAUGAAUCCCUUUGUCUUAAUCAACGUGGCCGGAGCUCUCUCACUCUGCAUCACCUACAUGCUCAUUGAGAUCAAUAAUUACAAUGCUGUGGACACGGCCUCUGCGGUGGCCAUCGGCCUUAUGAUCUUUGGCACCAUGUAUCCUAUGAGUGUGUACAGCGGGAAGGUGCUCCUUCAGACCACUCCCUCCCAUGUCAUCGGUCAGCUUGACAAACUGCUCAGAGAGGUCUCCACUCUGGAUGGGGUCCUGGAGGUCCGUAACGAACACUUCUGGACGGUGGGCUUUGGCUCUCUGGCUGGCUCCGUCCAUGUCCGAAUACGCCGGGAUGCCAACGAGCAGAUGGUGCUGGCCCAUGUGACCAACCGCCUCUUCCCCCUCGUGUCCACGCUGACGGUUCAGAUUUUCAAGGAUGACUGGAUCCGGCCUUCCCUCAUGGCCGGAGUGCUCCCAGCCAGCACACUCAGCCCCUCUGACUACGGGGGCCUGUCCAGCUUUGUUCCCCCUCCCCCCAAACCCUCGGCGGACAUGGACCGGCUCACCUCCACCCCAUCCAAACCCAGCAGCCCACCGCCAGAGUUCUCCUUCAACACCCCGGGGCGGCAUGUCCAUCCUGUGGUUCUCCCCAGCACCCAGCAUCAGAGGCCCUACAGCAUGGGCCUCAACUACGGAGCCUUCCCCUACACCAACAUGCUCAACCAGAACCUAGCCCGGCCGGGGGGUGAGCUGGGGAUGGGUAUGAACCUGGGAAUGGGUGUAGGGAUGCCUUUAUCACAACAAGGUUUCAGAACUGCCUUAGGCGCAGCGCCACAGCGAUUUGGAAGCAACCCUCUCCCAUCACAGUACAGCCAGUACAGACCCUGAUGUUUAGAACAUAAGGUAUAGAAAUGGGAUAUUCAGAGAGAGAAUAUAUUAUGGUAUUUAUUUUGAUGGGACCAGGACAUACAUUCUGACCUUUGGUGGAUUUUCUAUCUUUCUAUAUUUUUUUGUACUAUUCUUCAAAAAGCAAGUGAGUUGGAAAUUAACUGUAGGCCUGUGUUCUUUAUAUGAUAUGCCAGUUAACAUUUUUCAGGGGCAAUACGUAAUGGGGUAAUUAGACUCUUUAUUAUGUUUUGCUCCAUAACUGCCACAUUAAAGGCAUCACUUUGUUACACUAUAAUGUUUCUUAAUGCCAACCUCAUUGUGAAGGAGUGGUCUGUAUUAUGCCUUUUUACCUUUUAUGGAAAACAAAAACGUGUCAUUUUCCAUUUCAGUAGAGUCUGCAAUAAAUUAAAAGCAAACUCUCAUGAAAAAUUA